GGGUUACGGACUUCAUUUCCCAGAGGCCUUUAGGGCACAGUCCAAUGAAGAGCAAGCCAGAUCGCCGGCUGAGGGGCGUGCUUCAUCCUCGCGGAAUUUUUAAAAAUGGUUGCCCCCAGACCUUGUCACGACUGCGCCUGAGGCCCUGUUUCAUCUCCUCCUGUCCUGGGUGUGGUUAGGCCCCGAGCCGGGAGAUAUUUGCCUUUCAGGAGAAAGCCAGGGCGGGGUUCCGCGGGGAAUGGCGGUGAGGGAGCCACUUGGGAUGAGGAGACCCUAAAAUGAAGGAGCUUCUGCCUGAGGCUUCAGAAGGGGCGGGCAGGGAAGUGCGAGAGUGUGUGUGUGUGUGUGUGUGCGCGCGCGCGCUUGUGAGAGUUUGUGUGUGUGUUGCCUGGCGGGUCCCCCCGCCCCGCCGUGGCCCAGUGACUGAGUUAAGUGAAUGUGAGCGUCUCUGGGGUAAUGAGAACCAGCCCCGGUUCCCAUCGCUGUGAUGCAUGCGGGGUUAACACGGCGGGGCUCUGUACCCAUAAACUGUGACACAAGGUGUGUGGACGUCUAUGAGGGCCAUAGGGCCGGGCUGUAAGGGCACCUGUAGGGGUGUCGCAGCCAGACUGGGUCUCUCUGCACCUCCACUCCGUGUGAGGUCAAUGCCGGUGGGCUCUGCGAGGGUGGCACGGCCAGGACGGGUCUCCGUGUCUCUGAAAUGUGCUUCUGCACUUCUGUCGGGUUGACGGGGACAGGCAGUUUGUGGGUGUGAAAGGGCCAGCGAGGGUGCGGCUGUGACAGGUCGGGAUCGGGCCUGUGUGCUUGGACGAGUGAGCACCGGUGUGUGCGACUGUGUCAUCUGUAUUUCUAGUGUCUCCGCUGCUUGCUGUGCCUUCGCCUUCCGACCAUGUGGUGCUUGCUAGAGAGCAGUGGUCCCAAAGUGACGUGAGAGCCUCGACGCUGUUGUGAAAAUGACCAGGAGGAAGAGUUCACAAGUAGCCACGAGAUGGCAAUUUUGGAGCCAGAAGAGCUCUCCAUGCAGAAACAAGAGGAAGUAACCUCAGGAGUAGAAUUCCUUUUGGGGAAGAAAGAGGCCAUCUGGCUGUCAAGAAAAGCAUCCCGGAGGAGGAAGAACUGUUAUCCGUCCUAAAGCCAAGUUGCAGGUCUCUCACUCUGUAGCCAAGGCUGGAGUGCAGUGGCACGAUCAGGGCCCACUGUAGCCUCUUGACCUCCUGGACUCAAGUGAUCCUCCCACCUCAGCCUCCUGAGUAGCCGAGACCACAGGCAUUUGUCACCACACCCAGGAAGAGAACAUCCUAUCAACAUAACCAGUGACUGUUGAAGUUGACCUCGAUCACCUAGCUGAGGACACAGGAAGAAGGCUCCAUUAGGAGGACACCCCGUCAGACACCAAAUCUGCAGGCACCUUGAACCUCCCAGCCUCUAAAACAUCCAGCAAGGAAGGAACACCGAAUAGCAGCUCCGGGCAGCCUGCGGCCUGCAAAGAAAUCCAGGUGACACCCCAGAGGGGCUAGGAGAGGACCCCCUUCUGAGAACAGUCAUGGCUCCCUCGGCAUCACCCCACUCAGAGACCAGAGGAGGUCCCAGAUGGGGUGACACAGCCCCUCUCCACCCGGGAAGGCCAGCAUCCUUCAGAAGAAGCAUCCCCGAGGAGGAAGACGAAUCGUUAAACAUCUUAAAUUUUCAGGCCAGCAUCCUUCAGAAGAAGCAUCCCCGAGGAGGAAGACGAAUCGUUAAACAUCUUAAAUUUUCAGCUCUAGCCUCUCGGAAUUUGUGUCUUCUGCAGAGGAAACCCCAAGAAGACUGAUCAGUUGUUCAGUUCUAAAACAAUGGCCCAGGGUUUGGUGACAUUCGCCGACGUAGCCAUAGACUUUUCUCAGGAGGAGUGGGCCUGUCUGAACUCUGCUCAGAGGGACCUGUACUGGGAUGUGAUGCUGGAGAACUACAGUAACGUGGUCUCACUUGAUCUGGAGUCAGCCUAUGAGACUAAGAAUUUACCUACAGAAAAAAGCCUUCAUGAAAUACGCGUUUCCAAAAGGCAUUCAGAUAGAAGAAGUAAAUCCCUUGGCCAUAGCUGGAUAUAUGAAGGUACGCCUGAAAGACCACAGCGCUCCAGAGGCAGGUAUGUCAAUCGAAUGGUCAUCAAUUGUGUGAAAAGGCCCAGUACUAGAGAAGGCACCCCUCCCAGAUCCCAUCAGAGACACCACAAGGAGAAUUCCUUUGAAUGUAAGGAUUGCGGGAAGGCCUUCAGUCGUGGCUAUCAACUUAGUCAGCAUCAGAAAAUCCACACUGGGGAGAAACCCUACGAAUGUAAAGAAUGCAAGAAGGCCUUCCGAUGGGGCAAUCAACUCACUCAGCACCAGAAAAUCCAUACCGGGGAGAAGCCGUACGAAUGUAAAGACUGUGGGAAGGCUUUUCGAUGGGGCUCAAGCCUCGUUAUUCAUAAAAGAAUUCAUACUGGGGAGAAACCCUACGAGUGCAAAGACUGUGGCAAGGCCUUCCGGCGUGGCGACGAGCUCACCCAGCACCAGAGGUUCCACACUGGGGAGAAAGACUACGAGUGCAAAGACUGCGGGAAGACUUUUAGCCGCGUAUACAAACUCAUUCAGCACAAGAGAAUCCACAGUGGGGAGAAGCCUUACGAAUGUAAAGACUGUGGGAAGGCCUUUAUUUGUGGCUCAAGCCUCAUUCAGCAUAAAAGAAUUCACACAGGUGAGAAACCCUAUGAAUGUCAAGAAUGUGGGAAGGCCUUCACUCGAGUAAAUUACCUUACUCAGCAUCAGAAGAUCCACACCGGUGAGAAGCCCCACGAGUGUAAGGAGUGCGGGAAGGCCUUUCGCUGGGGUUCCAGCCUUGUGAAGCACGAGAGGAUACACACGGGCGAGAAGCCGUACAAAUGCACAGAAUGUGGGAAGGCCUUCAAUUGUGGCUAUCAUCUCACUCAGCACGAGAGAAUCCACACGGGCGAAACCCCGUAUAAAUGUAAGGAGUGUGGGAAGGCUUUCAUUUACGGCUCGAGCCUUGUGAAACACGAGCGAAUUCAUACCGGGGUGAAGCCCUACGGGUGUACAGAAUGUGGGAAGAGCUUUAGUCAUGGCCAUCAGCUUACACAGCACCAGAAAACACACAGUGGGCCGAAAUCCUACGAAUGUAAGCAAUGUGGGAAGGCGUGUCACCAGCCAAACCUCCUCCGAGAACACCAGAGGAUCCACAACAGCUGAAGCGCCCUUAGAACACAGCCGCCUGCUGUCAUCCGUGGUUUCACUCUCCACGUUUUGUUACCCGCAGUCAACUGCGGUUCAAAAAUAUGAAAUGGAAAAUUCCAGAAAUAAAUUGUAAGGCUCAAAUGGUGUGCCCUUCUGAGUAGCGUGAUGACAUCUCUUGCUGUCCUGCUCGCCCCUUGGUCCAGCACAUCCGCACUGUAUAUGCUGCCACCCUGCUAGUCACUUAGUAGCCGCCUUGGUGAUCAGGUCGACUAUCACGGCAUCACAGCGCUUGUGCUUACUUCUGCGAACAGUGGCCCCAAAGAGCAAGAGUGGUGAUGCUGGUAAUUAGGAUAUGCCAAAGAGAAGCCACAAAGUGCUUCCUUUUAAGUGAAAAGGUGAAAGUUCUCAAUAAGGAAAAGGGAAAAAAAUGUACACUGAGGUGGCUCAGAGCUACAUGACAAUAAGAUAUUUUGGGAGAGAGAGAUAUGUUCACAUGAUUUUAUUACAGCAUAUUGUUACAGUUGUUCUAUUUUAUUAGUUAUUGUUGGUAAUCUCUUACUGUGCCUAAUUUAUAAAUUAAUCUUUAGAUAUGUUUGUACAGGAAAAAAAUGUAGUAUAUAGUCUUGUAUAUAUGUACAGGAAAAACACAGUCAGUACUAUCUAUGGCUUCAGGUAUCCACUGGGUGUCUUGGAACGUAUCCCCCUCAGGUGAGAGGGGGCUUCUGUACAAAGAAUGUAUGAAGGCCUCUAGACUACAUUCAUGCCUUCCUCAAGAUGAGAAAAAUUCAUGAUACUGUUGAACAUAGGAAAGCCUUCACUGAUCUUUUUUUUUUUUUUUUCUUUUGGACCCAGAGUCUCAUUCUUGCCCAGACUAGAGUGCAGUGGCGCGAUCCUGGCUCGCCGCAACCUCUGCCUCCCAGGUUCAAGCAGUUCUCCUGUUUCAGCCUCCCCAGUAGCUGGGAUUACAGGCACCACCAUGCCUGGCAAAUUUUUUAUUUUUAGUAGAGACAGGUUUCACCAUGUGUUGCCCAGGCUGGUCUCAAACUCCUGACCUCAGAUGAUCCACCCGCCUCGGCCUCCCAAAGUGCUGAGAUUACAGGCAUGAGCCAACAUGCCGAGCCCACUGAUCACUCUUCUGCUUACAGAAUAUCAGAAGUCAUUCUAGAGGCAAAUUCGAAGAGUGGAAAAAUCACUUUUUCUUAAUUCUUAAUGAUUGUGUUUUUGGUGUAAACGUUUUUAUUGUGUAGGUUAGUUUAAUGAAUACAUAAAGAUUACCAAUACCAUUCUGUCUUUAUUCCGUGGCAUCUGUGGAAUGACCCUGCUAAUGUAACACGUGAGAAAGCCUUUAGUCAUGGCACCCACUCUACCAGUUGUCCCCGCCAUCCCCCACCCUCUUCCCUGUGAGCUAAAGGCUCACUACUCCUGUGCACUGGACAGUGCACCACGUGGACACCAUGUGCAUUAUUUGUACAUAAGAAUAAUCACAUCUACCCAAGAGUGCUAUUGUGGAAACUGGAAAUUAAAUGUUUGGUACAUGUGAAGUCUUUGAAAGUGUAACUGGAAUAUUGUGUAAGUUCAGUAAAUCACCAUUGUUGUUUUUAUGAUCAUUGCUGCCAUUAGUAUUGCCAUUAGUGAAUUUUUGCAAGAAAAUGCCCUGUGGGUGCAGCGAGUCUGGAAAAGACUGUUGAUGUUCUAGGAAAAACCAUUAAGAGAUUAUUGUCACAACCAUGAGUUACACAAUGAUUUCUUAGUAGGCAAAACACAGCGGAUGUAAAAAGUUGUUAGACUUCGUCAGCAAAAGUACAAAAUUCUGUUCAUCAAAUGAUGUGGUUAAGACAGAGAAAAGACAAGAAACAGGACUGGAAGAAGAUGUUUGCUCUGCUACACCUGGCAGAGGAACGCACAUGGAAAGUAUAAAGAAUCCCUCACGUUUAAAAAACAAAUCAAUUUAAAGGGGCAAAAACUCAAGCACAUCACAGGAGAAGAUCAGCAAAUGGCCAGUCGACAAGUGAAAAUGUAUUCAGUGUCCCUGCUCCUCAAGGAAAUGUACAGCCACAACGUGCUGACCCUCCAGGCAGAGACCAGAAUGAUCCCAUUAAAGUCACAGUGACACAGAAAAUGUCAGAUGUCUCCCCACAGAGAAAAAGAAGGAAGCAAGGUGAUGGACGUGUUGGUCCGCUUGAUUUAAUCAUUCCACAUGUGUACCUGCAUCAGAACAUGAUGUUCUGCUCAAUCAGUGUAAUCCAAUGAUUUGUCAAUCAAAAAUAUUAAUAAAUAAAAUCAAAGACA